AGCAUGCAGACGACGCAGGAGCUGAGCCCGCGCUCGGCCGAGCCGGCUGUGCUUGACGCGGCCGAGGAGUCGCUCGGGGAGCGGGACUCCCUCCGGGACUCCUUGUGGGAGCGGGACGAGCGGCGGGCCUCGCCGGGGUGCGCGCCGGACCCGCCCGCGGCCGGGGACGCCGUGCUGCGCACCCUCCAGGGGCUCACCAUGACGGUCAAGCAGGAGGACACCGAGCACUCGGUGCCCACGGCGCCCUCGGCGUCGUCGCCGCUGCGAAACGCCGAGAGCCCCGCCUCCAGCAGACCGGUGUCGGCGUCUUCGAGGUCCAGCCCCUCCGUGACGAUGGACAGGCUAAGCCCGGCCAUGACGCAGCCUCAGCAGCAGUACCAGCAGCAACAGCAGCUGCAGCUGCGGCAGAUCCACCAGCGCAUAAAGGAGCAGCAGCAGCAGCUGCAGCAGCAACAGCAACAGCAGCAGCCACAGCAGAGAGAGACGUACAGAGGGACUGAGAGCGGAAGAGGAAGAGGCCGCCGGCGCUCCCGCUGGAAGCUCAAGUUCCACCACCAGGCUCUGCCCCCGGAGUACCUGGACCACUACGAGGCGUCGCUGGCGGGCGGCGGCGCGGGCCGCGGCGGCAGGGACAGCGGCGACGACAAGGCGAGGGUCAUCGGCAGCCGCGCCCCGCGGAACCCGGACCGCAACAAGCGGCCGGCGCCCGCCGCGAGCAGCGCCGCCGCCGCCGCCGCCGCCGCCGCAGCUGCCGCGGAGCCCCAGGCAGCCGCCCCCGCGCUGCCGCCACUCGCGCCCAAGCCCACCAACGGCGACAGCGCGGAGGGCGCGUUCCCCGCCGCGCCGCUCCCUAUCCCCGUGCCCAUGCCGUUCGGUCUCGAGGUGCUGACGCGCUACCAGGCGCUGCUCGGGCAGGGCAAGACUGACCUGGACCCCGCCGCCUUCGUGGCGGGCAACCUCAUGAGCAUCAUGGCGCAGCCCGGGGCGGGCGACCACGCCAAGCAGCAGGAGGAGCAGCAGGCCAACGGGCAGCGCGCGCUCCUGUCCAGCCUGCUGGGGGCUGGCGGGCAGCGCGAGCCCCUCGACGUGUGCCGGGUCCUGCCGCCGGCAUCCGUGCCCGCCUCCAAGGUGAUGACGUUCCAGGACCUGCCCUACAUGGGCGAGAUGACGCUGGACAACAUGAAGCCGAGGCGCGGACGUAAGCCAAAGAAGGCCGACAUCUGCCACCUCAUCUACAAGAACUACGGCACCGUGUUCCCGCGCGACGCCGACGAGGAGGCACCCGCGGCUGCUGUUGCCCCGGCGCACACCCCGGCGCGGCCCGCAGCGGCGGCCCUGCCGCCUCGCCUCAGCCGCAGCGAUGUGCAGAGCAGAAUCAUCUCCAGCCUGCUGGAGAAGCGCCUGACCCAGGAGGAGCAGGCGCAGGCGGCCCUGGGGGCGGCGCUGGUGGCAGCGCGGCCGGCCGGUGCCGAGGAGCCGCUCAACCUGUGCGUCCGUGACCACAACCCGCUCAAGAUCAAGCUCCUCCGCCGGCACGGCAACUUCUACGAGUCAAACGGCGGCGGCAGCAGCAGCGUGGCGACGGCCGGUGCGGUCAAGUCGGAGCCCCCGUCCCCGGAGAGCGAGGUGAUCGAGGUGGACGCCGACCCCAGUCUAGUCAACCAGGAGGACGACGACGAGAACGAGGACGAUGAGGACGAGGACGGCGACGGCAAGUCGACCGCCGACGAGGCGUUCCCCCGGCAGAACAUGCUGUACUGGGGCGGCGCGCAGGGCCACCCCCUGUACGUUCACCCCCUGCUGUACGGCAAGGGGUUCCCGCCGCUGCCAGCGGGGAUGGCGCAGCUACCCCCGCUGCAGGCCAUGUCGCCGCUGCCGCCGCUGCCGCCCCUGCUCAGGCUGCCCGGCCUAGAGGACGAGCCGGCCGCGGCGCCGUCCCCGAUGGCCGCACCGCCCUCGCGCCGCCACGAGAAGCAGCAGCAGCAGCACACGUCGUCGAGGCCGUCCUCCAGGUCGGGCCGGGCGAGCGCAGGCGGCGGCAGGGCGCGGGCCGCGUCGUCCUCUCCGGCCGCCAGCCCCGCGCCCAGCCCGGGGCCCGCGCCUAGCCCGCCCAAGAGAAAGCGCUCUGCCAUAUUCAUACCGCCGGUCCCGACGGAAAGCAGCAGCAACCCCACCACAGAGGUCAGCAUCUGCAAGUUUAAGUUUACCGGCGGAGCCAAGCCUAGUCUACAGGAGAAGAAGAUGCUCUCGGUCGACGCGGGUGGCAACUUCCGAUACUAUAGUGGCACAGGGGACAAGUCCAUGAGAGGAUACGAGUUCUUCCCCAGAGAGUCGAUGCAGCAACAACAACAGCAGCAACUACAGCAACAACAACAGCAGCAGCAACAGUUGCAACUACAGCAACAGCAGCUGCUUCCAAAGCCGUAUCCUGCGCAGACGCCGCCGCAACCUCAACCGGAGAACCUGCGCACACUUCUGUUCCAGAACGUUAUGGAGAGCUUGCACAUGCCUCAGCAGGGCCUGCUGGGCUUCCCUCCACAGCAGAUGCCGGUCGGUCGCACGGCUCCCUCCGCGGGAUGGAACGUGGGGAACGUGGAUCCGGACGCAUUGCUGCAGCAGCAGAUGCAGCAGCAGAUGCAGCAGCACCACCGCCACCUGCUACAGCAGCAGCAUCCGAAUGCAAGCCGCAAGAGGAAGACGCGCAAAUCGCUGGAAAGAGAAAAGCUGGAGAGGACGUUCAAGGAGAAGGGCUUCCUCAUCCAGACCCAGCAGCUCGAGUCUGCAGAGGGCGCAACGUACUGCAAGUUCCGGCAGCUGCGCAAGUUCACCCGGUAUCUGUUCCGGAGUUGGAAGGACUACCUGCCCGGCGGGGUCCGCGAGGUGGAGGACGGCCCAGCUCCGGUGCCGCCUGCGGUUGACGAGCGGCCCGCGCCUGCCUACUCGGUGGCUCUCGAGGACGCGGAGGACGUCGACAACGAUCUACUGUAGGGGAUAGUCGGGUAUCGAAAACUUAACCGAAUAGCUAUGUAAACGCAUUGGUCAUUAUUUGUCAGACUUGGUUUCAAGGCUAAAGGAUGUCUUUGUGAGGAACCAUCUGUGAUUUUUGUGAUGUGUAUGGCGAUAAUUAGGCAGUUUGCGUUGUCCGUGUGAAUCUUGCUCAAUGCCCUGCAAUUAGUAAAA